AUGAACUUCGUAGAUUUCGCGCAAAAUAAAGAUGACAUUGAUGUGUAUCAGAGAAUGAAAAAUUAUGCAUCGUAUACGAUUCAACAACAUCAACAUGAUUGCUUGGUGAUCGGGGCUGGUGGAGCAGGCCUUAGAGCUGCUGUAGGGCUCGCUGAAGCUAAAUUCUCUGUAGCACUCGUCAGCAAACUAUUCCCUACUCGUUCACACACGAUUGCUGCUCAAGGUGGCAUGAAUGCCUCUAUAGGCAGUAUGCAUGAGGAUGAUUGGCGGUGGCAUUUCUACGAUACUGUCAAAGGAUCCGAUUGGCUAGGCGAUCAGGACUCAAUCCAAUAUCUGACUCGGAAUGCUCCCAAUUGUGUCUUUGAAUUGGAGAACAUGGGUAUGCCAUUCUCGAGAACUAAGGAUGGGAAGAUCUACCAACGGUCCUUUGGCGGUGGUACCAUCAAAAACGGUAAGGAGAUAGCGAAAAGAACGUGUGCUGUUGCUGAUCGAACAGGACAUGCACUUCUCCAUACUUUAUACGGAUACACGACAAAAUUCAAGAACAUCGAUCUUUUCUCUGAAUUUUUCGUUUUGGACCUAUUGGUACAAGAUGAACAAAUUGUAGGCGCCUUAGCUUUAGAUAUGGACGACAGCAGUCUACACAGUUUUCAGGCAAAAAAUACUAUAGUAGCAACAGGAGGCUACCCUCGGAUGUACUUUUCAUGCACCGCUGCACACACCUGCACAGGAGAUGGUUGCGCCAUGGCUGCUCGGGCUGGCAUACCACUACAAGACCUGGAAUUCAUACAGUUUCACCCAACAGGUAUGUAUGGCUCUGGGUGUCUAAUGACCGAAGGAUGUCGAGGCGAAGGAGGGUACAUCGUUAAUAGUGAGGGCGAACGAUUUAUGGAAAGAUAUGCGCCUAAAGCUAAAGAUUUGGCCAGUCGAGAUGUUGUUUCAAGAUCUAUCGCAACUGAAAUACGACAAGGACGUGGUGUCGGACCGAAGAAAGACCAUGUGUUUCUUCAACUCCAUCACCUUCCCCCAGAAGUAAUUCGGGAAAGGCUUCCCGGUAUUUCUGAGACGGCAUGGACAUUUACUGGAGCUGAUGUUUACACGCAGCCUGUUCCUAUUGUACCAACAGUUCAUUACACAAUGGGCGGCAUACCAAUUAAUUACAAAGGAGAGGUGUUAAUUCACAAGAAUGGAUCCGAUAAUGUUGUUCGUGGUCUUCAUUCUGCUGGGGAGGCUGUGAGCAACUGCCAUGGAGCUAACCGGCUGGGAGCAAACUCUAUUCUAGAUGUGGUUGUUUUCGGCAAAGCAAUCGGUUUGAACAUAGCUAAAAUAGAUACUCCAGGCGCAAAGCAACCAGAGUUAAAAGAAAAUAUAUUUGACUCCGCCCUUAAUAAUCUGAAUAAGGUGCGUAGCUUAAAUGGUUCUACGUCGGUACACGAACUAAGAGAAUCAAUGAGAUCCACUAUGCAAAACAAAUGUGGUGUGUUCAGAGACGAAAAGCUACUAUCUCAAGCGAACAAAGAGAUACAGAGAUGGUAUAAAUCGUUUGAGGACAUCCGUCAAACGGAUAAACGGCUUAACUGGAAUUCCGAUCUGAUUGAGACUUUGGAACUUCAGAAUAUGCUACAGACUGCUGUCCAAGUUGUAGCUUGUGCUCUCAAUCGUAAGGAGAGUCGCGGAGCCCAUUUCAGGGAUGACUUUCCGAAACGAAUAGAUGAAAUGGAUUAUAGCAAGCCUACUAAAGGACAGACACCGAAACCAAUCAACCAACAUUGGAGGAAACAUAGUCUUUCAACACUUGAUCUAAAAACUGGGAAAGUUAAUAUAACAUACCGACCGGUAAUUGAUAAAACAUUGGAUGAUGAAGUUGAAACCAUACCACCAGUACCGAGGGUCUAUUGA